GAUCAUGUUGUAGCUGAAGGACCCAACAAUUGUGAAGUGGUUGCUUCAGCGGGGCAGUUUGAUGACGAUUUUGCCCUUACCGGUGGAAAAACUGCCAUUUCAAGUCUGGAAGAAGGAGAAAGUCAUUUUGUAAGGACCAUGGUUGACAGAGGAACACAGAAGCCCAUAAUACCGAUGAUUAAAUGAAAGAAUCAAGCUUACAGAAGGAAAAGAGAAAUGAGGGCAGACAUUAUCGAAAUUGUGCAAAACACCGAAAUGAAAUGUCUUGUCUGUGCCUGGUGACCAGAGUGACCUUUUGCAAGAGAUAGUACACAGCAAAAAAAUGGCACUCCACAUUUGGUUUCUCUGGUGGGUUCAGUGGGCCCAACAUUGUUGUCACUAGUGAAAGAAUAUCAAGAGUCUGCUGUCAAAGAAAAGAAAACAAGAAAAAAGGAACAGAAUGGCAAAAUAAUUUAUAUUAGCAAUUCCUUGAAAAACUCCAGAAUAACUCCUACUGGGGAAAAAACACCAGAACAUGCACUUCAAAAGAAGAACGAAGUAGAAGAUGACAGAAGACACCUGCUUUCCACUGUUGCUACGGACUAUCCAUACCAUGUUUUACAGGAGCUCUUUCAUUGUUCAUCCAAAACAGUUACUACAGCAUAA